CCGACCGGAGAUAUUCUUUACUCAUGUGAGUACAAGCUCUGCUAUUUUUGGAUGAGACAAAACAGAGGCAUUGCUGGCUGAGAAGGCGUGUUGGAGGAAGUGGUAAUCUAAGAAACGACGUCGUCGUUGUCCCAAAUUCCCAAUAUAUACACUGCCAUCGGCCUGAUCACACCCAUACAUAACCUUGUGCGGAAAGAGUAGGAGUGGUGAAAAUGGCGGCAGCCCAAGGAGUGUGCAUCCAUCACAUUGCCAGAGGGUCAGCCGACGUCAAGCGUCUGGCCAAAUUCUAUCAAGAGAUCCUAGGGUUUGAGCGGGUAGAAAGCCCUAAUUUGGGGGUAGAGGUGGUGUGGCUGAGGCUUCCCCCAGUUUUCACUCUCCAUCUCAUACAGAAGGACCCUGAAUCCAAGCUUCCAGAAACCCCAUGGAACCCCUCAUCAGCAGUCGCUGACCCUAAGCACCUAACCAGAAGUCAUCAUAUUUGUUUCUCCAUCUCCAAUUACGAAUCCUUUGUGCAAACCCUAAAGGAAAAGGGAAUAGAGAUUUUUGAGAAUACCCAGCCUGAUGGGAAAACCAAGCAAGCCUUCUUCUUUGAUCCUGAUGGUAAUGGAUUGGAGGUGGGAAACUGGGAACCUGCAAUGCAGUAAGAAGGGCUGGUUUUUCGUAUGAUUGCAUAUAAAAGUAUGUCCCUAUGAAUUAGAGUAGAAGGUAAAUAAAUAUCAAAAGAUGGUAACUUGUGAUCAAGAUGCCCAUCUACAAUUUAUUAAGCUGUAAUGUCUGUAAUGUCUGUGUGCUUUUAAAUAUUGUUGGAUAAUUUUCUAUCUUCAUCUUCUUGUGCCGAGCAGAACAUGUGCAAUGAGCAAUGAGAUGGGAACAGUGAGGUGUCAUCUUUUGUCUUU